AUGGUUUUCGAGCGAGUCUGCGUCGAGUCAUUCCUUUAUCAUGCCGUGCUCAUGACCCUGUUCGACUCGUCGCUAGACUGCCUCUCCAGCAUCCUGGGGAGACUGAAUCUAGAUCAGUAUCUCUCUGAUCCUGUCCACCCUGAAAAUGCCACGCCUGGAUCUCCAGCAUCUACGCAGCCAAUUCUCGACGCAUCCUACAAGUUUUACUUAUUGAUCGUGGAUGUGGUCUGGCUCGCGCGGACAUCGUUCUCUCCAAAAUCGAUUGACUAUGCAACUUGGCUUCGAUUAAGAAUUACAUUUGCUCGGUGGGAAGGUGCAAUUGGCGAUGGCCGUUCCGAAGAAACGGACAAUCAUAUCGGGAAAUUAUAUACCAUAGGCAUCCGAAUGUUACUUGUUCAAGCAAACCCGUCGCUUUUAGUGAACGAUGUUGUCAAUUCACUGGAACUGCUAUUCCAACGUGGCUUGGCCAUCAUCCGACGACUGGAUGUCCAGGAUGUGUUUGUCUAUUAUUACCUCUGGCCAUUGGUCGUCGUUGGUUCGAUUGCGAUUAGCCCCGCGGACCGCAAAAUGAUUGAGGACAAAGUAUGUCAGGUUUCCGGAUCACCACAAGAAGGAUCCGUUGCUUUGGCCAGUCAUCGUCUUAAGACGGCUUGGACUCAAGGUACCAUGUGCGAAAGUCGAAGCCUACGGAUUUUGAUACAACUUCAAACAAUCUUGGUAGGAAAUAGUGUUUUACCUUCCGAAAUUCGGCUCUGA